AUGGCGGAACGAAUCUUGAUGAACGAGUUUAAGCAGCUCUCCAAGCCCGGCGAGAAUCCUUGGUUGAAUGUCCAGCUGGGCAAAGGUGACAACCUCUUCUUGUGGGACGUAGCCAUUAUUGUCUCCAACCCCACUUCCGUCUACCACGGUGGGUAUUUUAAGGCCGAAUUGAAAUUCCCUUCAAACUACCCGUAUUCUCCUCCGGAAUUCCGCUUCCUACGACCUCUCUGGCAUCCGAAUAUCUAUCCCGAUGGGAAGCUCUGCAUCUCCAUCCUUCACCCGCCAGGUGAAGAUGAGAUGUCUGGCGAGCUUGCAAGCGAACGAUGGUCGCCAGCCCAACGCGUCGAAUCCGUUCUCAUCUCAAUUCUGAGCUUAUUGGAUGACGCUGAAGUAUCUUCGGCCGCCAAUGUUGAUGCCGGUGUCAUGUUGAGAAACGACCCAGAAGCGUACAAUGCUAGAGUUCGCGAGAAUAUUGAAACUUCUAAGAAAGAUAUACCAGAAGGUUUCAUCAUGCCAUCAAGCGCUGAAAUCAAGCCCCCACCUAAGGAUGAUGCUUCUGAUGAUUUCUGGUAUGAUUCCGGAGCGGAGUCAUUUGGAGGAAGUGACGAAGGUUCAUUCGGAGGAAGUGAUGCCGAGAUGACUUAUGAUGAGGACGACGGCGCCGAGGAUGAUACUGAAGAUGACGAUGUUGAAGAGGACCCAGCCGAAGAUGAAGCUAAGAGACUUGCUGUUACUCCCAACAAGCAAGUCCUUGGUAUCAAUCUCGAGGAUAGUUCCCGAACUGCGACUCCACGCCCGACAUGA